AUGGCAGAUCAACACAUUUCUGAUAAUUUAGAUUCGGAGGGAUCCAAAAAACCCAAGAAUUUGCAUAUUGCUCAUAGACGUUCACCUAGUGAAUUGACUACAUUGAUGGUGGAGCAAUACAACCUUCAACGUCAAUUGGAACAAGUACAAGCUCAGCAGAAGCAAAUCUUACAACAACAACAAUUAUCUCAACAAUACGCGUAUAAUCUUCAGCCUUCUGAAUUUGCUCCACCACCGUCUAAUUUCCGUGGGCAUUCAAGGUCCUCUUCUACUAGCUCGAAUAGUGGUGGGUCAGGCAGUGGACACAGAAGGACAGGUUCAUCAAACAACGCAGCUCAGGGUCAUAACAGAAGACACUCUUUAGGGUUAAGCGAAGCCAUAAAGGCUGCUGCAAAUCAGAGGCAAAGUAAUAGAUCAUCUUUGAGCCCUUCGAAUACCACCAAUGCAGUGGAGCCCGAAAAUUCUGGUUCUUUCAAGUUUCCGCCGAGUUCUAGCCCUGAAACAGACAGCAAUGAUUCCAUGAGUCCACCCUCAACGUCGCUGCAUAACAGAUCUCGAUCAUUAGCAUAUGGACAACAGUCUUUUAAGUUUCCGCCUGAGAACUUGCUACCUCCGACGCCGAAUAUUUCAAUCAGUCACAGUCCUGAGCGUGGUCAUCAAAGAAGGGGCUCCCACUAUCGAUCCGGCUCUAGAAAUGUUGAUCCCAAUCUCCAGGUGAAUAUAAAUUCUAAUUGGAGGACUCAACAACAGCAACAUCAGAGACAAUCGACACAAUUGGAACCCCCACAGGCAUCCUUCGUCCCGGGUCAUAAAUCUCGAAACAGUUCAUACGGUGGUUCAAUAUCAUCGCUCUCUCAAUUUAUGCCUGCAACCAACAACAAUAAUGGACGCAAAUCAUUGUUCGCUCCUUAUUUACCACAAUCAUCAUUGCCUGAACUUAUACAAGAGGGCCGUUUGGUUACUGGUAUUUUGAGAGUCAAUAAGAAAAAUAGAUCCGAUGCCUAUGUAUCGACAGAUGGUCUUUUGGAUGCAGAUAUAUUUAUCUGUGGAUCAAAAGAUCGUAAUCGUGCUUUGGAAGGAGACCUUGUGGCAGUAGAAUUAUUGGUGGUUGAUGAGGUUUGGGAAUCGAAGAAGGAGAAGGAGGCAAAGAAAAGAAGAAAAGAUAAUUCUUAUAUCAAAUCCCCAAGCUCUUCUGUUUUGAAUGAUGACAUACAUAAUGAUGCGACUUCGGCUCCUAAUUCUGCGGAAAAUGAGGAUGGUGAGAACGAUUCCAGCUUAACGAGAAGAGGCUCUUUAAAGCAAAGACCAACGUUGAAGAAAAAUGACGAUGUUGAAGUGGAAGGACAAUCUUUAUUACUAGUUGAAGAGGAGGAAAUUAAUGACGAGGUCAAACCCUUAUAUGCUGGCCAUGUGGUUGCUGUUGUUGAUCGAAUUCCGGGUCAACUGUUUGCUGGUACAUUGGGGCUUUUAAGACCAGCACAGGCCGCACAAGCUGCAAAAGAUAAAAAGAGUGGGAAGGAGCCGUCUGUUCAAACUCCAAAAGCGCCAAAAAUUGUUUGGUUCAAACCAACUGACAAGAAAGUUCCUUUGAUUGCCAUUCCUACGGAGCAAGCACCUGAUGAUUUCGUUGAAAAUCACGAAAAAUACGCAGACCAGUUAUUUGUUGCUUCUAUAAAAAGGUGGCCGAUCACUUCUUUGCAUCCUUUUGGUACAUUAGUCAGUAAGUUGGGCAGAAUUGAUAAUCAGGAGACUGAAAUCGAUUCUAUUUUGAGAGAUAAUAAUUUCUUGUGUGAUGAGUAUACGGAUGAAAUGAGUUGUGAUUUACCUAGUCCCGAUAACGAGCUAGUUAACUACGAGAGAACGAACUAUAUGAACGAUUAUAUCAUUGCCUUCACUCAAACGGGUGAUUUCGUCGACCAUGCCCUUCAUGUCAAAAGAAUUUCGGACGUCAAGAUAGAACUUGGGUUCCACGUUGCUGAUAUUUCGUAUUAUAUCAGCCCCGGAAGCCUUUUUGAUAGGAAAUCAAAAAGGAGGUCUUCCUCUGUUUUCUUGCCCCAAAAGUCUGCACUUUUAUACCCGCAAAAGGUCAACGAGACUGUUUCUUUCAAAGAGAAUGAAAAGAAUUUGGCUAUUUCGAUAAUUUUUGAAAUUGAUACAGUGACAUUCGAAGUUGAGGAUCUCUAUAUUCUGGAAUCCAUAAUCUCACCCAAGCAAAUUGUAACCUACGAUGACUUUGAUCAAAUUUUAAUGGGCAAGGAUGUAGAGACUAUAUCGUCUGCUACCUCUGACUAUGUGAAGACAUUUAGCUUGAUAGCCAAAGAAUUUCGUAGACUGAGGUUGGAUGAUAAAGAUUUGGGAAUUCAGCCGAAUCUUACUUUGCUAAAUCAGUUAGAUGACGAAAAAGUCAGGUUACAUUUGAACAUCUUCCAAGACAGUCUUGCCUUAGAUGUCAUUUCUGAACUUUCGCAUAAGGUGAACAACGCUAUUGCGGCAAAAAUACACGCUAGUUUAGGUGAUCAGGCUCUCCUUCGUCGUCAUCCAAUUCCAACAUUACAGAAAAUGGAAACUUUUGUUCGGAAAGCUCUGAACUUGGGCUGCAAAAUUGAUACCACGACAUCCUCUACGUUGCAACAGUCCGUAUUAGAUAUCGAAGACACAGUUAAAAGACAAUGCGUAGAAACUUUGUUGUAUAAAUGCAUGUCUAGGGGUAAAUAUUAUGUGGCUGGUAAGCAAGAUCCUGAUUCUUACGGUCAUUACUAUUUAAAUUUACCUUUGUAUACCCAUUUCACAUCUCCUUUAAGAGGAUAUGCUGUGUUGAUUGUUCAUAGGCAAUUAAAAGCGGUUCUCAAAAAUAGGGAAGAAGAAAAAGACUUGGAUGCUUUGAAAGCUACUGCCGAUUAUUGCAACUUUAAAAAAGAUUGUGCUGCUAAUGCACAGGAACAAGCGAUACAUUUAUUGUUAUCACAGACUAUCAAUGAGUUGAGUGAGGGAGCAGGUCAAUUACUUUGUAUGGGUACCGUUAUUCAAGUAUAUGAAUCCUCGUUUGAUGUGUUUAUUCCUGAGUUUGGCGUUGAAAAGAGAGUACAUGGAGAUCAAUUGCCCUUAGUUAAAGCCGAGUUCGAAAAGGGAAAUAGGUUACUAGAGUUAUAUUGGGAAAAAGGAAUCGAUUCUGCAACCUAUGUCCCUCCAGAUGAGCAGACUUCUCUUUCUUACAGAUCUUCAAUCAAGAACAAAUAUCGCGCUUCUGCUUCAGAAGCCGCUAAUAUCCAAAGUAAGACCAUUUUAAAGAGACAGAAUAUGACAUCCGAUACGAUUACUGAGAAAUUAAGUAAAUUGAACUUAGAGCCUCCUUCAUUAGUGGUGCCCCCACUUAGGUCACAUCAAACAAAGGAUUCGAACACAAAAUCCAUGCCUUCUUCUCCAACAAAAUUGUCCUUUCCAAAGAAUAUAAGGACCAACUCGUCCUCCAUUAUUGAGUCGGAUGCAAAUGAACCUUAUAAUGGAUUGAUGCCAUACUUACAAGAUGUAGUUACAAGGGUUGAAGGCGAAAACUACAUUCAAGAAAUCAGAGAAUUGAGUCAAGUACCAGUUCUAAUAAGGGCUGAAAUAGGUAUGGCUUUGCCGUGUUUAACUGUGCGUAUUUUGAAUCCAUUUGCAGAUCGGUGA